UCUCUCUCUCUCUCUCUCUCUCUCUCUCUCUCUCUCUCGCCCAGCGCCCUGUACGUGGUGGACCUGAAGAAGUUCCGUAAGAUCGCGGCGGGGGACCGUCUGCGGGGGCAGUACCAGGCCCUGAGCCAGGACCCCAACAGCCUGUCCAACCUGGACCAGGAUCUCCCCAACAACAUGAUCCAUCAGGUGGCCAUCAAGUCCCUCCCCCAGGAGUGGCUGUGGUGCGAGACCUGGUGCGACGACGCCUCCAAGGGCAAAGCCAAGACCAUAGACCUGUGUAACAACCCCCGGACCAAGGAGCCCAAGCUGACCGCGGCGGCACGGAUCGUGCCGGAGUGGGUGGAGUACGACAACGACAUCAAACGCCUCCUCAGACGCAUCCAGGACGGGCGGGGGGGGCGACGACGAGGGUCCGACGCCGACCGCGACCGCCAACGCCACACCCGAACCAGAACCACAACCAGAAGGCAAGAAGGACGAGCUGUAGGCCCGCUGAGGAGGAAGAGGCGGGUCUUCCCCGUCCCGUCGUCCGGGAGACGGACGCGUGCUGCUACGGAGGUCGUCCGCCGAGCGAUCACCAAGCCAAACAAAGAACAGAGAACUAUUUUUUCACGGACGUCUGAACUUCUUUUUUCCCCCGUCGCCCCUCCGUGUUUCACCUCGGCGCCUCGAUUCCACCGAGCGACCCCAGACCGCGUUGACACACAUUGCACUGAAAGCGCAUGCAUGGAGUAAUUGCUACGGCACACUGGUUUUAAAUAUGAUAUACACCCCGCAUCGUGACAAAAACACAGUUUGAUCUCUGCUGAAACGUCUUCGAAUGCUCAAACAUAAAGCUGUAGAUGCAGCUGUCUGGCUUGGCAUAUUCUUUAAUGUUGAAGUAUUAAAGUGAAGAGCUGGUGUAUUACCCAGGAGCAGCCUGCCAUGGUAGACGUAGCUACGGUAUUAAUACUGGGCCUGGUGCCAGCGUGCCAACACUAGUUAGAAUGAGUGGUCGGACAUCACAAGACCUGGUUUCUGCUCACUGUAGUUUUGGCUUCGUCACUGAUCAGAGAAUUCUCAAUCACACUACAAAUGAUUUGAAAUGAUCGUACAUUUGAACACUUAUUGAUUUGCAAGUAAUCCUACUUUCCAUGCCAUGAAAUAUUGUCUCAGGAAAAAUCAAAAACAAUCAUGCAAUAAUAAAGUAUUUAUCAGUCUGCUCAAUCUUAAAACGAAAAGUGGGAAUAGAUGCUCUCCCCAGUGGACCACACAACUUGUUUACAUUUCAAUCUUUCUAAUAAACACCCGUCAUGGAGGAA